AUGGCACAAAGCAGGUCGAUACUUUUAAACUUUUUGGGAGCAUGGGCCUCUGGGUCGCAGCUUCCACGGAAACUAGCCCCAACCUUAAUUGCCAAAGUCAACUCGCGGCCAAUGCAAUGCAAUCUCCACCCCCAAUGCGUUGUAUGGGGCAAAUGAAUGUGCUGUUCACCAUGUCGACCCCGAGGGCAAUGUCGACUCACUGCCGCCCGCUGUUCUGCCCUUCCGUCGGUGCCGUGGAGGAGACGGCAGGCGAGGGGUGGCAGGACGAUCGCGACAGCGCGGAGGAGAAGUUGGGCCAGGCUAGGCUGCUUUCGGGUCUCCUCUCUGCCUUUCGGCCCUCCGAGACCCCUCAUCGUCUCCCCAAGAUAGACGCAUCCGGCAUGCAUUACGAAUGUCCAAGGCUUGCCCACCCGCUACCGCAACUACACGCCUCUGCCCGUGGGGCUUGGUAUGCGUGUCCAGCACCCGCGCUCGCAGUCGGGUGGCGAACAUUCUCGCCGCCGGGUCGAACGGCUUGGAAUGCCCGUGGCUUGUGAACACCAAGCGCACCUACCUCUUGCUAAUCCCAGCCAUCAUCACUGCACCAAGCCAGGCUUCGGCACAUCCGCUAUCCGAUUUGAGCAUCUUCCCCCAAGAAAAUGCCUCUAGCGGCCGUUUGUAUCGCUCCCGGGCCGAGGCUGGUUGCUUGCGCCCAAGAUGGCCUCACACGGCCAUAUAGCCUGGAGCAACGUUCGACGUGUGCCGUGCCCUUCGAAGUACAGUAUCUGCCGUGUCACGACGCUUCGACGCUUCGUGUGUUUCGCCACCCGGCAAAGCUCAAGCCUGCGUAAGCACAGGACGUAUGUCAAACUUUUUUUCGUUUAAAGUUUUGGUCGAUCUCAGAAAGUGGGAAGUAGAUCUGCCUCUCAUAUCGCCCCAAGGUACAUGGUACAUCUAUUUUAAUU